AUGUCCAGGAAAAAGACAGUGAAAGGCAAGGGGACCUCCAAAAGCCCGACUGCAUCCCCGAACAAGAGCAAAGACAGCGGGAAAAGUGGUAAAGGGAUCGGAGCCGGGGCUCCAUCCAACGGAUUGGUCUAUCCGAGCCGCCCCUCACUCAGCAACAGUAGGGAGUUUUAUGAUAUCACUUUUAAGGUGAUGCUGGUGGGAGACUCAGGUGUAGGGAAGACUUGCCUGCUGGUUCGCUUUAAGGAUGGAGCUUUCCUGGCCGGUAGCUUUAUUUCUACUGUGGGCAUUGACUUCAGGAAUAAAGUGUUGAACAUUGACGCGCUGAAGGUCAAGCUGCAGAUCUGGGACACUGCUGGGCAAGAAAGGUUCCGCAGCGUCACACACGCCUACUACCGUGACGCUCAUGCUCUCCUCUUGCUCUACGACGUCACUAACAAGGCCUCCUUUGACAACAUCAAGGCAUGGCUGACAGAGAUCCAUGAGUAUGCUCAGCAGGACGUGGUGCUAAUGCUGCUGGGCAACAAGGCUGAUGUGGCACACGAGAGAGUGGUGAAGAGAGAGGAGGGAGAGAAACUGGCCAAGGUGUUUGGGGUGCCCUUCAUGGAGACCAGUGCUAAGUCUGGCCUGAAUGUGGAGCUGGCAUUCACUGCUGUGGCCAAAGAGCUGAAGCACAGGUCGAUGAAGGAGCCUGACGAUCCAAAGUUUCAGCUUCAGGAUUAUGUCAACAAGGAGAUGAAAAGUGCUGGCUGCUGCCACUCAUAA